ACAAGGUUCUGAAGCAGCUAGUGGACUUCCUGUCUUCUCCGUCUAAGGAGGUGGUGGACAGCUCACUCAGACUCACUCACAGCCUGAUGAUGAAAUUCGAGUGGAGGGUUUCCUUUGCCACCGAGGGCGGGGUCAAAGCCGUGUUGUCCUGCAUGCAGGAGUUUGCUUCUGUCCCUGCAAUCCAGCAGCUGGGUCUGGCGACCCUGAAGGUCAUAACCGGGGCUAGUAAACAUGACCUCCGCAGCGUUGGCAGUGGCCUCCCGCUCUCUGACUCUGGAAAUCAGAUGAUGUUGGAGAUCUUCGCCAGCAUCGGUUCUGCCACGCCUGAAGGCUCGGCAGGGCU